CGAAAUAAUACCAAGUGUUGCCUGGUAUUCCAGCUAGCAUGUUGUGGAGUCAGUAGUAGUGAAUUUUCUGCCCUCAUUUCUGCUGCUAUAUACUUGCCAUUGAACUAUUUUGGUGCCUUUAUUCUGUGCGCGGUCAGUUUUAUGUUAUAGUAAGGGCUGGGUUCCGACUGUAACACCAAACGGAUUUGAAGCCGAAUAGUGAACUGGCCAUAUUCAAAUGUUUUUCUCCGGAUGUUCUUUUUUAUUUCAUUUUUUUUACAUUUUUUGCAAUUUUUAAGCUGUAAGGCGGGAAAAACUUUUUGAAACCGGUUUUAUCAUUGAUUAAGAAUUGGUUUGUCAAUUUUGGAGCGUUCGGCUUCGAAAAUGGUGAGCUUGUUGUCUUAGACCCGUGAAGGCGAGAUACCAUGCGUAGUAGCAACACAAAGAGACGGCCACGCUUAGUCUUAUUUCAGGAAGGACUAUUUGUUAUUCAGCUCCGCGCUGCCAUUUCUGUCUUUUUACCUGUCCUAUUGCGUUACAACUCCAAUUUUCUUCUAUUUUUACUCUUUUUUCCCUUCAAAUCUAGGAUUGUGUUCCCACACACGUGUAUAACGCAUUGCUGUUAGUAAGUGAGAUUCCUGAUACACAUUUUGAUCAACUCUUCAAUCCUUUGUUUUUUCAGAUCGAUAAAUAAAAGGUUUUAGACUUAAGGACUUAAGAUCGAUCAAAUUUAGGAGUUUUUACAACAGCGUUUUCCUUGGUGAUAUAAAUUAUUCAUAAUGCCAAGCUCUUUUUAUGUCGUUUUAAAAUUGCUCUGACCAUUUAGUCUCUUAGAAUUGCAUUACAAUUUCUUUAGCAGAGUGCGAGUAUUACGACGUCAAAGUAUCGCUUUUCGUUGUAAAAGAAAAUUUUCAAAUACUCAUCGUAAUCACUCGAAAAUUCAAUUGAGUCGACUAACAUUUUUGUUUAUUUAAUAACUCCACAUUUUGUUAACGUUUUAUUUCGUGACUUUUCUGUUUUCAGCCACAUUUACCUUGAUGAAGAAGAAAAGUUGAAACCUUUUUUUGUAAAGGUUAUAACAGACCGUAUAUAUAUAACUCUUUAUUAACGAGUUGUUACAAACUGCUUCAAAAUGUCUUCAAUAUUCGGAAAAGAUCGUCAGUUUAUGUCGGACCUCGAGUUGGAAGUCGCAUCGUUCGUCGACCUCCCACUGCGCCCGGGCGACAACUCACCCGACAGCCACCGAAGAUACGCCGGCGACCUUGAAAUCCCGAACAACCUCCCGAUUAAUCGAAUCGGCGAAAAACCGAGAAGUCCGAAUCCACAGUCGUCGCAUCACUCCCACAUGCAUUCGGCACCCGCGGACCAUUUCCAGGAUAACCUAAAGCACUUAAUUGAUAUCACCCCGCAACACUCGCGACCCGGUAGUUACGUGACCAAGCCGGUGUCCAGUAUGCAACAGAAUGGUCCGAACGCCAUUCCGUAUAGCACCCCGCAAGUUCCGAUCCCCUCAGUGCAGCCCAUGCACUUUGACGACACAGAUGGGGGACAACUGUUUGAUAAUUUGGAGGACGCACUAGCCUCUCCGAGUGAAGAUUAUUUUUCACAACACCACCGCAGCCAAUCAUCAACAGGACCAAUAAGAGACACAAACAAACUACCAGACCCUCUUCAGCCAGACUUCCCGCCAAUAAACCCGAUGAUCCACCAGAAACACUCCACUUCCGUCAAGUCCCUCAAAACUAUCGGGAGAGAGCUGGAGUCAGCUAGUAACUUCGCCAACGCCCCCUUCACCGGGGCAGGGGGGUCAGGAGGAGUGGGUUACGGAGGGGGCUUCCACUCUGAGACACUGCCAAUCAAACACUCGAGUCACCACUACCAGCCCAAACUAUUCGCCCCAACUGCCCAGCAGCAAAAUACAAUGAUGGAGAUCACGGAGACAGUUCCUCUGAAGAACUUCAGGCGUGACAGAGGGGGAGGGGGAGAGAAUGAGGUGAUAGACGAGGACGACGAGGACGACAGACACACACAUAUCUCCAUGGCCACUUCAGUUGUCAGCACCAUCCCACUCUCCACAGACCCAUCUGCCACAAAGACUAUCAGUGCUCUGUACGCGAUGCUGACUAUCAUAGCGGGAGCAGUGAUAGCUACAAGGGGAGUUAUGAGUGACGUCAUAUUACACGAGGAAUACAACGACAUGUUCGCCGGAUACAUGUUUGCCAUGGGAUCCCUGGCGUGUCUCUAUCUGUGCGCCUCCGCCUCCUACUCCAGACGCCAGAGCAAUGCUCCAGUGGACCACCACAACGGCAGCAUCUACAUCUGCGUCGGACUGUUCGUGUUCUGCAUUGGGAGUCUCACCCACAGUGGCAUGGUGGUGGCAGAGACAUUUCAGUACUCGGAGGAGGGGGCAUGUAUGGUCAAUAUUAGACUCAUACAUCUCGGAUUGAGAGUACUAUUCCAGGUGGCGCAGCUGUUCGUGCUGCUGCUGCACUCCAAAGUGUGCAUCCAGGGCUGUGUGGGUCUGGCGAGGUUCUUCAUCGCCCACAUUAUCGCCACGGACUUCUUCCUCUGGUUCAUCCUCUCUGUCAAGGAGACCCAGGAGAGCAUAGUCGCCAAUAUACCCAGACACUUUCACAACAUCCGACUGGCGUGUGAGAGAAACUUCGCCAACUCCUUCACUGACCUGGAGGAGGAGUCGACUCCUAUUCUGUUCCCGAUGGCAGUGGCCUAUUGUGUGGUGGCCGGCUGCAUCAUGGGCAUCAUGUGGGAGAAUGUGGGCAAGAAUUAUGCCAUAGAGCACAGGGAGGAGAGUCAGGAGGAACACGACAAACAACUAGAGUUCAAGUGCAAAGAUGGAGUGAUGGGUGUGAUGUGGGGCAGUCUGGCUGUGGCCAGUAGUGUCUGUGUACUAGUGUUGUAUGUCUUCUUCUCCACAGACAUACACAUCACCCAAUACGUCAUCUCAGUAUACCAGGGCUUCAACGGAGUGUGGCUGGGCAUCAUGAUCCUCCUGCUGCCCAUAGCCCUGUGUACCCUGAAGAGACAUAGAAAACAGGACCACUACCACAACACCCUCAACAAACCCAUCCUCAUCGUGACCACUUGUGGCGCUUUCGCAUACUGUGUCCUCAAUAUUAUGGCCGCCCUGCUAGAACUGUUGACCUCGAGAAGCUACUCGUCCAUAGCCUGUGUCGGCUCCUAUUCUUUACAGGCGGUUGAGACUGCUUUUCAAACCGUCUACCUACUGGAUGGACUACGCAGGUGUCCCAGACGGAAGAGAAAGAAACCGUCCAAGUCAUUUGUCAUCUUCUUCCUCCUUGUCAACAUCACCCUCUGGAUCACCAUCAUAUUCGAACUGAAAGAGAGCAGUCUCAACCCCUUCCCUGAAGAGUUCUACGGCAUACUAAACUGGCAAAUUAUUCUACACUUUAUAGGACCCAUAGCUAGUCUGUAUAGAUUCCAUUCCGUGUGUUGUCUCAUAGAUGUCUGGAAGUUUGCUUACUAACAAACCCGAUUUCCUUGGGAUCCUUAGGACACGUGUUUACUAUGCAACAUCUGGGAUUUAACCUCUUCAUGAUUGUCUGGAACCUAGUAUAGAUUUGCAACGCUGUGUGAUUUUGGGAUACACGAUAAACUAAGAUUACCUGAAAAUUCUGAACAAUCUGAUUAACAGCUGGAGUAUAUAUCAGGCAUCGAAACCAACUUAAUCAAGAUGAGAGGCUGCCUUAAUAACAUGAUCUGGAAGAACCGAUCUUGGAUACUUGCAAAUGGAGAAAUAAGCUAUCUGCCAAUGCACGAAAACCUAAAAAUCUGCAACUCGAAAACUAUUUCAUCAGUUUUAAAAAAAUGGCCACGGCUGUUAUAACAACGUUUGCUUUCUAGUAUUUCAAACCUCUGUUUCUGUAAUAAAAAAAGUUGCGCUUAUUACAAACCCUAACGUAUUUCAAUAAUCUUUCAAACUUAUAAUAUUGCAUUUUUUGCACCGAGCGACCAAUUCUUUCUUUUUUGAUGCGCAAUAAAUCCUGUAAAAACCACUUCUAGACUUCUGAUAGAUUUUUGUAUAGAUGUAUCGUGGAAAACUUUUAGGUUCAGAUCUCUUAUUUACUUAUUUGUAUGCGAUAUGUGCCAUUUAUUAGAGAAAAAAUUAAUGCCAAUUUUAAUAAAUUGUUUCAUUUU